UUGCUUCGUUCUUAACCAAGUUGAAAAGUUAGUUUUAAAGGUUGUAUUUUGUGGCUGUUUUUCGAUGAUAGAUUUCGAUAAAAAAUAAGAGUGAAACAGAAAAACUCCGUGAAUGAGAAAAAGUUCUACUCGUUAAGAAAGAAGGAAAAAUCCCGGAGUGCACAUAGGAUCAGGAACGAGAGCAUGGCCUCGACGUACAAACAACAACUCGCUAAUUUGGCCCACUCGGGCGGCUCCCACAAGGAUCAGGCCGAAAAGUACCGGGCGUUGCUGGACUCGAUCCUCUCGACGACAGCCGGCGACGAGCUUACUGAGGCUCUUAAAAUCUUCAUCGAAGCCAUCGUCAACGAGAACGUCAGUUUAGUCAUAUCCAGGCAAGUGUUGACCGAUGUCAGCAAUCGACUGCAAAAUCUACCUGAUGAAAUUUCCAAAGCAGUAUCCCAUUACACAUUAGAUAAGGUUCAACCUAGGGUAAUUUCGUUUGAAGAACAAGUUGCCAGUAUUAGGCAACACUUGGCAGAUAUUUAUGAGCGUAAUAUGGAAUGGCGAAUGGCUGCUGCUGUUCUUGUUGGUAUACCCCUGGAAACUGGGCAAAAACAGUACUCGGUGGACUAUAAGCUAGACACAUAUCUCAAAAUUGCAAGACUUUACUUGGAAGAUGACGACUCUGUUCAGGCAGAGUCAUUCAUUAACAGAGCUUCUUUAUUACAAGCAGAAUCAAAGAAUGAACAGCUACAAAUUUAUUACAAAGUAUGCUACGCAAGAGUACUGGAUUACAGAAGAAAGUUUAUUGAAGCAGCUCAAAGAUACAAUGAACUGUCUUACAGAACUAUUAUCCACGAAGAUGAGCGUAUGACUGCACUGAGAAAUGCUCUGAUGUGUACAGUACUAGCUUCAGCUGGUCAGCAGAGAAGUCGCAUGUUGGCCACGUUAUUCAAAGAUGAACGGUGUCAGCAGCUGCCGGCUUACUCUAUUUUAGAAAAGAUGUACCUAGAUCGUAUUAUUCGCCGUACAGAGCUUGAAGAAUUUGAGUCUCUUUUACAGCCACAUCAGAAAGCCAAAACCCCAGAUGGGCUUGGAACUAUUCUAGAUCGCGCUGUUAUUGAGCACAAUUUGUUAUCAGCCAGCAAGCUGUAUAAUAAUAUUACGUUUGAGGAGCUGGGCUCGCUUUUGGAAAUCCCUCCCGGCAAAGCUGAAAAAAUUGCCAGUCAAAUGAUAACUGAAGGAAGAAUGAAUGGAUCUAUUGAUCAGAUUGAUUCUAUUGUUCAUUUUGAAACACGAGAAAGUUUGCCUACGUGGGAUAAGCAUAUUCAGUCGAUCUGUUAUCAAGUGAACCAAAUUAUUGAAAAAAUUGCUCAAGUGGAACCUGAGUGGAUAGAUGCACAAGCUAUGGAUGAUCAGAUGGUACAUUAAGUUCUCUUGAACUAAGUUUUUUUUUUUUUUGCUGAGGUGGUUGAUUGUUCGUUUUCAAGACUUAAUGCAUGAUGCCUCCAAGUGUAGUACAUACCACCAUGA